CCCGUCGUCUCGGGCGCCGCGUGCUUCAUUCGCCUCCUCGCGACAAAGCAAGGAAUCCGGAGCAAAGGCAACGGCCAUCAGGUUAGUAGCAAAAGCACGGGGACCCAUCCCUAAACCACAACCCAAGAACCGGACGCGUGCAAGCGCAGUCCUCGCCCCUCUCCGCGCCCCGCGCACAAUGGCCGGCGUAACCCCGAGCCCCACGCAAACAAGUCAUGUCUCGCCGAGGGCAAUGGAGAUCCCUUCCGGCCUGGUGCCCGCGGCCGCGCUGCUCGCGGCCGCCGUCGGGCUCCUCGCGCUGCUGCCUUCGCUGGCCCAGGCGGUGUGGGAGGUGCCCCACCUCGUCCUCCUCGGCCUCGUCAUCUCCUACGGCGUCUUCACCCAGACGAACGCCGACGCCGGCGGCAAUGGCAGUGCCGCCAUCGCCAAGGAGGGCUCGCUGGCGUGGAACGCGCGGUACCACCCCGACGGCCCCCUCGUCGUGGUCGCGGAUCACGCGGCGCCGAGCGACGGCGGCGGCGGCGGCGCGCUGGAGAGGCCGCUUUCCUUGCCGGUGCGGAGGCUGAAGACCCCGCCGUCUUCGGCUAAGGAGUCCGAAACCGAUGGCGAUGCCGGUGAUGCCUCCGGUGAAGAGAUUGAUAGCUGCCCGUCGUCGUCGGGGUUCCGGGCCGGCGCAGGCGCCGUCCCUUCGCCGCCCUCUGUUCUCGACGCCGACAUGGGCCUGUCUCCGUGCUCGCAGCCACAGCCGUCACGGCCCUUCUUUAUCCACAGCGCCGGCACAUCCCUCGGCCUCAACGCCGCGACGCCGUCUGCCGUCUCGAGCGGCUUCGUCCCGGGUCACUGUCCUCCGGUGCCCCGCGACCAGCCGUGGAGCGACGACGACGGCGAGGCCACCGACUGGGGCGACGAGGACGCCGACGGGUCGGACGAGAUGACCGUGUCUUCAGAGAGAUCGGUCCGCGGCGACUUCGCGGCUGCCUGCACCAAUGACUAUCGUAGCGAAGGCGACGGCGACACGUCUGUGGACGAGGAGCUUCUCGAGCUGGCUGCGAAGGCGGCACCCGACGGGGAGGAGGAGGUGGACAGGAAGGCCGAUGAGUUCAUCGCCAAGUUCAGGGAGCAGAUCAGGCUGCAGAGACACUAGCAGCCGGCCAUGGCAUGCAUUGCCAAUUUGCCAUCGUUGGAUCCAUGCAUGCUCUGCCAAAUGCCGAGCACCCACACACUGUACACACAUGACGGAUGGCGACUGUUGUAGUCGUACGUAUUUGUUCAUCCGUUCAUAUCCGUCUGUACCAUCGUGUUUCUGCCCUGUACCAUUUCUCUUGUUUUUUUGGGUGCUUGCUUCGACACAACUUGGAGCCGGAGACCCGGGUGUACAUGUUGAAAUUACGCGUACGGUGUUCAUUCAGCGCAUUCGUACAGUCCUUUUCGUA